AUGGCAUUAAAGAGUGUGAGAAGCGCUCACCCUAACAAUAAAUGGAUCUUUAGAGUACUUGGCUAUGUAAUCAAUGCAUACAGAAAACAUUCACAUGUAUUCACAAAUCCAACAGGGAAAGUCAGUGAAUUUGACUUUAUGAUAAAACUACGAGAAGAAGUUUUGGAGUUGAUGGUUGGAAAUGACAAGGAAUUGUACAUCAAAUGGGGAGAAACCUCUACUGAUACCACAACAGCAGUCAAGCGCAUUAACAACAACAACAAGCCCUACACUAUUGGUUUCAACGUAGAUAGAAGAAGAAUCGCGUGUCAAGUAUUAAGAGUAGUAGAUAUAUGUCACGUUGAAUCAGCUAGAGCGUUCACUAAUUUUGGAAAGGUUGCCAGUGACAAGUUUAAACUUGCAGCCGAAACCAAAUGUACUAUUGAUGACAUUGUAAUGUCAGGAAAAAUCACCAAACAACGCAUCAUCAGUAUGCAAAGCCUACAGAUAUUUGGAUUACAAGCUAUUACAUCCACUUUGAACUUUCUUGAUCGCGGAUUUUAUGUCAACUGUCUUGAUUAUGAUCUUUCAUUUAGCAACAAAUUUAGCCUUUUCGCAGACAUUGAAUCAUGUGGAUACGUCAAUUGA